AUGCCACACGAUGUCGCGAUGUAUGAAGCACGUCCGAGUCCCGCAGGAGUUGCAUACGACGAGCGGGGCUUCAAGCCCGCCGGUAUGGAGUUGUCCGUAUCCGCAGUCCUCUCUGAUGCAUGGAACAAAUUCAGCGUCUUCUUCCAGGAUCUGCCAGGUCCGUCUGGCGUCAUAAGCCUGAAAGCCAAGCAGCACCUGAAGCAAGCUGCUUGUCUAGGCUUUGACGAAGACAUGUGA